UGUGAGGCGCAGACGGACCAAAUUAGCGAGCGAUGAGCUUUCGACGGAAAAGCAAACGCAAAGCCAGCCGAAUUCCCAUUUUUAUGCCAACUCCGAGUUGGCCAAUACGAUCUGCAAUUUCAGUCUGCAAGCGGUCAGCCAGGUGAACGGCAGCCAGCACAGCUGGUCUCUUAAAAACGCAUUAGAAUCAAACAAAAUCAGCUGGAAAAGUUUGGAAAAAAAUUAAACACACGAUAAAACCAAUGCAAAUACAUUAAACCCUAUUCUGGAUUAUACAAAACUCAUUUCGAUCGUCUGCAAAAAAAAGUUAGCUAACAACCGGAGAACUGAAGUCUUCAAGAUGAGAAAAGCCAAAGGCUGGCUGUUAAUGACAGCAACAGUGCUGCUGCUGAGCCUGUUGGCCUCCACAGAAGCCGCCCUGCCCUUCAAGAAGGUGUCCAUUGCCAAGACGCCCGCCUCCACGAGCAGCACCACCAGCACCACGACGGAAUCCACUGCCGUCGAGGAGGAGGAAGUCGAAGAGGAGCAGCCGGUGCCCAGCGGGGAUGGUGGCGACAUGAGCAAGUCGGACAACGGCACUCUGUCGAAGAACUCCAAGCUCACGGGCAUCCCACAGAUCGAUUACAUCUGGGAUCCCAAUCUGCCCAGGGAACUGAGAGGCUACAACCUGUCGACCUAUCCAUUCCUGUCCACCGUGCCGCCCAUGGAUGAGAUCCACUUCAAGUGUGAGGGGCUGCAUGACGGCUUCUAUGCCUCCAUCGAGUACAAAUGUCAGAUCUACCACCACUGCGUCUAUGGCAUAAGACACGACUUUCUGUGCGCCAACUUCACAGCCUUCGACCAGCGCACCUUCAUCUGCCACUUUGCAUCCGAUGUGGACUGCGAGGGAUCCCAGAAGUACUGGAACAGGAACGAUGAGCUCUAUAUGGCCACCACAACCACGUCGACGAGUACCACCACAACGCCGGCGCCACCCACCCAAGCGCCACCACCCCGCCGUCGUCCGCAAAGACCACAACGUCCGCUGAGAAGACCCUACAACCGGCGACCCAUCGACGACUACUACUACGAGGAUCAGGAUCAGUACGAGGAUGACUACUAUGAGGAGCGCCCGGUGAGGCGACCCAAGCCGAGACCUCGUCAAAGGAAGCCCCAGGUGGAGCUGGAAUACGACGAUGAGUACGACGAGAAGCGGGCGGUGGCCAAGAAACCCAACAGGCGCAAUAGGAAUCGCUACCGCGACGAGGAUGAGAUUCAGGAGGAGGACUACGACGAGCGGCCCACUAAGAGGGGAAGGGGAAAACCCACCGCCGGACCUUCGGGUCGAAAGGUAUCGGCAGCCAGGAAACCAGGUCGCGUGGAGGAACGACGCAGCUUCAACGAAGACCGCCCGUUUGGCAGGAAGAGGACCACUCCCUCAUCCGCUCUAGAUGACCUCGAUGAGUACGAGAAGCCCUACGGCGGAGUGGACCAGGAGGAGGCGGCCGAGGAGCAAACGCCGCAGAAGGUGAAGACCACCGCGAAGCCACUGACCGAGUUCAUCACCCCCAAGGCGGCAGCUGCAUCCGUCUAUGCCCGUCCUCGAGCUCCACCGCGGAUAGCCCGACCGGUGCCCAUCAACGAGAAGAAAAAGUUCUCCUAUCCGGUGCAAAAGAUCACGGCCACCACACAGCCACCCUCGAAUAGUGCCCAGGAGCAGGAGGAGGAGGAGGACUACCCCGAAGAGCAGGUGGAGGAGGACUAUGAGCAGCCUUCGGUUAGGAACACGCCACGAAGACGUACACCAUUGCCAGCUCGCGUGGAGCAGAAGCCGACGAGAACUGUGCUGAGGAAACCGGUGACGGACAAGAAGCCCCUUGACGAGGAGUACUACGAGCCGGCGGAGCAGGAACCUUUGAGGAAACGCAAGCGACCACUGGCACCCAGAUCCCGAGCCCCAGCCCCAGCCGCCGCCACCGCCGAUGUGGACUUCGAGGAUGAGGACUACGGGGAGAGUCCGGCGGUGCCCGUUGAGAAGCCCACAGCGGCUCCUUUGAGAAACCAGAGACUGAGAACGAAGCCGACCACAAGCACCAGCACUACGACCACCAGGAAGCCAGCAGUGCCGCCACGUCCGCGCCAGCCCAUAGUGGAGCAUGUGGAGGAGGAGGACGAGCUGGAGCACGCAGUGGAGCCGGCCGUCGAGGAGGAGGCACCAGCGCCCAGGACGAGAGCCAAUCAGUUGAGCGGACGGAAUGCAGCGGGCAUCUCUCAACGCCCCGCAUCGGUACGUGUGGUCAAGCGACCCUUCCUGCCCUCCCGGGGCGGCAGUCCGUAUCUGCCGCGAGGCCUUCAGCCGGUGGGCGUGGCCCUGCGACCACUGCCCACCACCGAUAGCACGCCCAUCGACAUGGGCUCCACCAUUUCGGGUGUGCGUCUGCUCGAGCAUGGGGCUCCUCUGCUGCGGGGCAAUCCCGACAGCCUGGAGGAUAAUGACGAGGCGGAGGAUGCUCCUCCAUCGCCCAGUCCGCCCAGGACGACACUGCCACCGCGUAGUGCUCUGCCCACCACGUCCAAGCGGGUGGAGCAGCAGCGUCCCAAGCUGAAUCUCGACGAGCUCUACGAGAACGACUACGAUGUGACACUGAAUGAUGCACUCGAUCCCACGCUGAAACCGCUCUCGCCCCAGCAUUCGCAUCCACAUACGCAUCAGCUUUCAUAUCAACAGCAGCAGAGCAAGCAGCAAUCCCAGCGGCAAUAUGCCAGCGCCUAUAAUCCAUUUGCCUAUCAGCCAGCGUUUCAAUCACCAACAUCCGCUUCAGCAUCAGCAUCAGCAUCCGCACCUGCAUCCGCAUCAGCAUCAGCAUCCGCAUUAGCAGCGCAGUCGCCAGCAGCGAACUAUCAUAGUGAUUCCUAUUUCUCGUCGACAGAUAUACGCCGGCGGGCUAUUGUCCCGGCGCAAGCCGCGCGUCCACAUCGACUCGAAUACGCUGCUGCCGGAGGAGCAGCAGCCGGCGGCGGAUCAUCCGGCGGAGGAGUGAGCCGGAGCAGGAGCCACCAGGCAGCGGUGGGCGGACGGAUUGCCCAGCAUUUCUACGACGACUUUGCCUACUGAAAAGUACGCUUGUAAUAAGUUUCUUCAGCUGUAAAUAAGUUUUUCCCCCCACACACACACACACACACAAGGAGAGUUCCAAUUUGGUGCACGGCUCCAACUUCUUAAACAAAUCUGUCUCUACCUUAGUUGUUUAGCCGCAAAAACCUACUCGUAAUUCAAGAAGGUUUGGGACAUAUUAAGCACUAGCCGCUGAAAAACAACAUGAGCGAUACAAAAAAAACCCUCUUUAUGAUUGCAAAAGCUUAUAUUUUAGGUAAAUUCAGUAAUAUUUCAACCACUAUUUUAGGGAAUUCUUGCAAAUUAACCUUUUUAAUCGCUUGUGCUAAUUUUCCCCUGAGAGCUCUGUAUGUCCUGAACCCCCUUACUUAUAUAUACGUUGUAUAAUACUCAAAUGUCGUGAUAGUAGCAGCUUGCGAAUUUGUCUGCUAGCUCGUCUCUAGUAGUUUAUAAACAAAAAACUAACUCCCUCCUAUACUCGUUUAUCUCCGCUAAAUCAGAAAUCAAAACAUAAAUCAUCCAGCAGAACAUAAAUAAUCGAAACAGUAGUGUACAUUUAGAGAGAGCGAAUACUUGAUGUGUUAAUUUAAAAUUGUCUGUAAUAUUUAAGCAUUGUCGGAGAUCGUGUUCGUUGCGGAGUGCCCAGAUCCAAGACUUAAGUCGGAGUGCAUAACAAUCAAAAAACAAAAACUGAAAUAAAAUUAAAAACUUACUUCAA